AAUGGUUUAAAUAGCAAUAUUAAUAAUAUGUUAAUUUCAUUUUUAAAACUCGAUGAUAGGCCGACGUCAUUGUUAAUACCAAAUCUAUGCUGGACUAGACAUAAAAUUAUUUCAAUGAGUAAAAUGAUGGCAGAGAAUGGCAUUAACAUUGCAUACUCAAUGCAGAGAAAUAAAACGGAGCGUUUUCUACAUCAUAUCGUUGUGUUGGCUGAUCUAGAAUGUUCUAAUACAAAAGCAUUUUUGUUAAAGGCUAGCGAAGACGGCUACUUCAAAUCCCCAUAUCGAUGGCUACUUUUAGCACCAGAAGGCCUUAAAGAUAAACUUGAUAUACUUGAUCAUUUGGAGGUGUUGGUUGACAGCGACGUGGUGGUCGCAAGGGAUACUGGCGAAAAAUUCAUAUUAACUGAAGUUUACAAAACGUCCAAAGAUACUGAUGUAAUGUACACUUUGAGAGCUACUUGGCGUCCCAUAAACUUAAGUCAUUACGAUGAUCAUGACGUGAAUUAUUAUGGAUUAUCAUUUGUAAUUAAAAAUAAUCGAAGUGAUAUCCAUACUAGAACAGUAAUAUCGAAGUAUGGUUUUAUAGAAGACCAUAGACGAUCAACAUCGUUGUUUUUUAGACGGAGAGAUUUAAGAGGGCAUGUUCUCACAAUAGCAAACGUGAUUUUGGAUAGCAAUCAAACUAAAGAACACUUGGAUGAUAGAUUAUUUCUUAAGCAAGACUCAGGGGCUAAAAUGGCAUACGCUAUCGUGAAGAUAUGUUUUCAGAUGCUUAACGCUACAGAAAAUAUUUUAUUUCCCUACACUUGGGGAUAUAAAGACAAAAAUGGCAACUACCAAGGGAUUAUAGAACAUCUGCUGAAGAAAGAAGCGGAUUUAGGUACUAUGGCAUUCUUUACUGAAGAACGUUUGGAGAUUAUCGACUAUGUAGCCAUGGUGGGAACUACAGGCAUCAGAUUCGUGUUUCGGGAACCGCCUCUCGCGAACACCGCCAAUAUCUUCACGCUACCAUUCACGAGAGAUGUUUGGCUGGCCAUUCUUAUUUGCAUUUUGGGAUGUGCCCUGUUUCUGUAUAUCACUUCUAAAUGGGAAGCCACCAUGUCUACACAUCAAACUCAACUGGACGGCUCGUGGGCUGAUGUCCUCAUACUCAUUAUCGGUGCAGUAUUGCAACAAGGAUGCACCCUAGAGCCACGAUAUGCUGCUGGUAGAAUAGUAACCCUCUUACUCUUCGUAGCUCUAACUAUCCUGUACGCAGCGUACUCAGCUAAUAUUGUGGUACUGUUGAGAGCUCCCAGCUCCUCGGUGAGGAGUUUAUCUGAUCUCCUCCACUCGCCUAUUAAACUGGGAGCUAGUGAUUUUGUAUAUAAUAGAUAUUUCUUCAAACAAUUGAACGACUCGGUACGGAAAGCUAUAUACGAUACAAAAAUAGCGCCUAAAGGGAAGAAACCCAAUUUUUACAGUAUGAAAGAUGGAGUAGAGAAAAUUAGAAAGGGUCUCUUCGCAUUUCACAUGGAAGUAAAUCCAGGGUACCGCAUGAUACAAGAGACAUUUCAAGAGAACGAGAAAUGUGAUCUGGUGGAAAUAGACUAUAUUAACAUGAUAGAUCCUUGGCUGAUUGGCCAAAAGAGGUCCCCUUUCAAAGACCUGUUCAAAAUCAACUUUAUAAGGAUUCGCGAAACGGGUAUCCAGUCCAAUAAUCGUCAGCGUCUAAUAGUACCCCGGCCGCGCUGUUCCGGCCAUGUGGCCACCUUCAGCAGUGUUGGCAUCACUGACAUGUACCCCGCCAUGUUGGCCACACUGUACGGCAUGCUGAUGGCACCCGCUGUACUCCUCGUGGAGAUUGCAUAUUACAGAUUGUAAGUUCCUUUUCGAAU